GUCGACACACGCGGGAUAGUAAGCAGACACAGCAGGUUGUACGGCUCGUGUUAUACAUGUCGGAUAAAUGAGAAGAAUUGUCCGCAAGUACAAAACGGAGUGUGCACUCCCAUUUUAGUCAAGGCCGGGCGGAAGGGCAGGUAACGCUAGCAGUCGAGACUUUCCCGAGAAAAUACACCGUGGUGCGGGUUGAUUUUUAAACCUGCCACGCCCGGUGGACGUGUGAGCGGUGAAUGCGCUUGAUUGCGGCGUGUUUGUGACAACCUAGCUGUGUUUUGAAUGUACGCUGAGGAGAGGAAUGUGUCGCCUAGCUAGCUCGCUAGCUAACGAGCUGUAGCUAACGUUAGCGGUGUUGAAGUGUCGGCGGCCGCAGUCAAAGCUAGCUAGUUAGCGGCAUUUUGCUAACAAGCUUUGGUUACGGGAUUUAGUGCAGUUGUUGGUAUGAAACUAGAUUGUUUGGGAACAGAUGCUGGUCUCGGUUCCCUGGAUUAUAGACGAUGUUAUUUUCGUAUUAAUCUGUAAACUGGUUUAUGAUUUGAACGUAAUUUGAUUGAUGUUAUGGAAGCUAAGGGUGUAAUAAUCACGCAUCGACGGAGUGUUGGUUACUGCUCUGUGGUGUAGUCACUGCCACAGAUUGCAGGGACUUGGCCUGGGCGUGAUUAGCACAUGCUUACUGCUGUAAGCAAAUUAGGUAGAUUCACAUUGAGAUAACCCGAGAGCUCAAAUGACUCUCUCUUGUCUGGGGCCAAGCUUUGUGUCAGCCUGUUGCAGGAUAUUUCUGCUGGUGUGAAACGGGGAAGGUGUGUACUCCCAUCCUCAAACUAUAAACACUCUGCACCUCUGCUUUAUUUACAACAGAAUAUCACAGUUUCCAAGUGAAGUAGACAUUUCUCUUUUUCACCCCGUGGUUAACUGAAAUGAGCCUCACCCUGAAGAUCCCCUAAUCUCCCCACAGCCCAGGUUUGAUGAAGAGAUACAGGCUGUAAAACCCACUUCCUCCCCCUCUGUUAGCAGCCUUCUGUCUGCAGUCUUGAACAGGAACAGAGACUGGAAGAGGCUAUUUUAGUAGGUAGCUACUCCUUUUCCAGCCUAUCAGCACGAAACCUUUCUUGCACUCUGGAAAGAGGAUGUGGUUACAGGUCAGGGCCCCAGCGACACAGAUGUAUUCUGCUGAUGGUGUUUGUCAGUUACAGAUCUUUGUCAUAAUUAAGACACAGCGCAGUUUUGUUCUGACUCAUAGAUGGCAUUCAGGGUUGUAGUGGACCUCAAAAGAGAUGCGACUACUAUGUAACGAGAUAACGGCAGUUUCAGAGAAGAUUGCGCAGGAAGUUUGACAAGGUCUUCUUCAGUGAGAUUAGAGCAUCCUCGUUACGCAUAGGUCUUGGUUAUCUGUUCGAGUUUGUCUUUCCCACGUGAAGGUUAGCUCUAAUAAGAAACAUUCUGUGAAAAGCCUUUAUUUGUUUAAGCUCAGGGGUAACGUUUUAUUUUACAGGCUCGUAAAUUCCUAAUUUACUAGGAAGUUUCCUAGAAAGAACUAUAUAAUUUGGUACUAAUUAGAGGCAGGGUUCACUUGGUAUACUCCAUUACUUCCAAUUACCUGCUAAGAUAGCUAUUGUUUUUGCUAUUUCUUUUGCAAAAAUGUGCAAUUUUGACAACGGGCAAUCAUGCAGUUUAGCAUAUGAAGGCUUAACGUUUGUAAUGAGAUAAAUUCAAUAACACAUUUGAAUUAAAAUGUAUAAAUUUCAACUUGCGUUGAAGUGGAGCUGUACUUUUAGGGAAAUUCCUCUGGAUUUCAACAUCUGUUUUUAAACUCAACACAACUUGCUUAACGGACCCUUUUUCUACCCCCUAUAAUUAGCACUAUAUAACAGUUAUUUCCAAGACAUUUUCAAGACACUAUUAGGGUAACAGUAAAAAGGUUAGCUGUAAAAUGAAGGGACCUUUCCAUGACAGUUUAUCUGCUGUCAGUAGUUUCUGGGUUAUUCUCCUAAAGUUAGUGGGUUUCAUAUGCUAAGCUCGGUGUGAAUGAGUGCUGUGAACUGUGGUUGUGGUGGAGGUAGUAAUGAGUAACCCGGAGCUCAUCAAUAUAGAAAACACAACACUCUGCCAGAGCAACUAUUAUCUCACCCUGGUUUUUUUUUUUUCAACCCUUAAACCUCAAGGGGUUAUAUAUUUGUUUCCCAGCGUAGCUUCUGUAAUUAUCAUGUGGAUCAACAGGCAAAAAAACAUGACACAUGUCGGUAUCAUGCUGUUAGCUUAACCAACGGAUGUGUGCAUGGUCACCAUCCGCACUGGGUGGACGAUACAGAGGGCAGCUGUCAAUCAUACCGCCCUGCUGAGUCAGGCACUUUGACAGCCUCAUCGCUGUCGGAUUCGCCCCACUACACCAGGAAAUUUUGCAUCCUGGAUUUUGUAGUUGUAGCUGUGAAGCCUUCUGCUCUCUAAUUUCAGUCUCUCCAAGUUUGAGACGUAGUUUUAUCCAGACACGUUCGCUGCGUAUUCUUGCUAGCAGUGGCACCUCGUCCAAGUUCCAGCCCUAGAUGGAUGCAUACUUUUGGCUGUAGAGGUGCAGACUGUUGGGCUGUCCGGUGAAGCAAACCCGCCAUGCGUGAAUACAAGCUAGUGGUGUUAGGCUCUGGAGGUGUGGGCAAGUCCGCUCUGACAGUUCAGUUUGUACAAGGAAUCUUUGUGGAAAAAUAUGACCCGACAAUAGAAGACUCGUACAGAAAGCAAGUGGAGGUAGAUGGGCAGCAAUGUAUGCUUGAAAUUCUCGACACAGCAGGCACAGAGCAGUUCACAGCGAUGAGGGACUUGUACAUGAAGAACGGCCAAGGCUUCGCCCUGGUAUACUCCAUCACAGCACAGUCCACCUUCAACGACCUGCAGGACCUGAGAGAACAGAUCCUACGAGUAAAGGACACAGAGGAUGUGCCGAUGAUCCUGGUGGGGAACAAGUGCGACUUGGAGGAUGAGCGUGUGGUGGGGAAGGAGCAGGGCCAGAACCUGGCCCGACAGUGGAACCACUGUGCCUUUUUAGAGUCCUCUGCUAAGUCAAAGAUCAACGUCCUCGAUAUCUUCUACGACCUGGUCAGACAGAUAAAUAGGAAAACGCCAGUGGAAAAGAAGAAGGCGAAAAAGAAAUCCAACUGUGUGCUGCUUUAAAGACCCCCACACCCCCUCCUCCAGCCCCUGCAGCAGCUCUGAGCCAGAAAUGCUGUAAUGAAGAACUGUUGCCCUGAUUGGAACGUGCCAGCAUUCCAACAGCCCCGCCCACCCACCUCCCCUCCCUCCAUCAGCCAUAAAAACGGUGAAUCAGCUGACUGAACUGCUCCUAUCAAAGACGAGGAUGAUCUACACCAGAGAGAGAGAGAGAGAGAGAGAUGGAGAGAGUAAAGACAGUAAGAGAGAGAGAUGACUCUGGUCUCUCGCCUCCGAGGACCUUCCUCUGUGUCUCAGUUUCAGUGUGAACCCUGAACGGACAGUCUCUAUUUUCUGCACCAACAAACACCACAAACUUAAGAUGAUGAUGAUGAUGAUGAUGAUGAUAAAAGCCUCUGAACGUUUAAAAGAAAAAGUGUCCAUGAGCCGCCUACAUGGCCAGAGACAGCCCCCUUACUCUCUUUCUUUUUUUGACAGAUUAACAAAAAGAAUAUAACGGCGUUAAAAAGAAGGAAAACAAAGUUAAAACUUGGAUUCAGUAUUUUUCAUCUUUUUCAUUAUCAAUAUUGUAUUUGAAAGACAUGGAAGUUGACCUAUUUUUAGUUGUAUGAUUAUAAAUAUUCUUCAAAAACAAGCAUGAUAAAAUGCAUCAGUUAAGUGUAGAUGUUUUCAAGUGGAACAGUGAGAAUUAUUUUAUAGCCAUACACCUAUUCUCCAUGCCCGUCAUGUCAGUGAUGAUAGAUCAAGGUCUAUAAUAUGAGUUAUUUUUAUUAUAUAUAUUUUUUUCUUUGUUCGCCCUGUUGUUCAUGGAAUUCUCUUCUGCGAAUAUCUCUCUCUGAUGUGACUUAAUUUUAUACUCAGUCACUGGGAUUUCAUAGCUCCCAUAAUAUAUUCUAAUGCCAUUUUUUUGCAUAUUAAUGCUUCAGAAAAAUGGGUCUUUUAUAGAAGAAAUAUGGGGAAAAAUAAGGAUUGAUUUCUAUGUCUCUUGAAGCUGAAAUAUAUUAUACUAAACCAACUCUAAUAAUGCUUCUUGUGUUUUUCUGUCAAUGAUGUUCCAGCUUUUAUGGAUUAUUAAAGUACAUUUUAGUACAUUUUCAUUAUAUUGGUCAAUGUAUUUUUGUGAAUUAAACUUUUAUCCAAAG